UCGGUUUCGGCUGAGCUCACACAAUGGGCAAAUAGGUCACCUUUGCUGGAUAGAGCCAAAUGUCCAAAUCCGAGUACACUCCAAACACACAGCCACGUCCCGGCGGUGACAACAAAGCCCACCACCCUCACUUGCCGACGCCUCACUCCUCUCACUCCACCAACCCCUCCUCGCCACGUAACCCCCAAACCGCAUCCCGGGACGCGUGUCGCCUCUUCAUAAGUUCCCCUUGCCGUAGCCGAUUCCGUGUAAUCCAAAGGCUCCUAGGUGCCGCUUCUUCACUGGAUUCUCCGCACGUGAUCAGCUCCAUAAGCACGUGAUCGUCGUCCCCCCCCCCCCCCACACACACACACACACUCUAUUGUCUCCGAGCUUCUCUCCCUCUCUGGGUUUCCCUAAAAAAUCUCUCUCUCUCUCUCUCUUGGAGGCAAUGUGUCCAUAGCCCACUUCUACAUCAACAAGGCCAAGCUUUUUUAUAUGAAUCCUAGCCAGGUAUCAUGAAUCGUGACAAAAUUUUUCCCAUGUAUCUGGAGACGUGCAAUUGUUGAUUUGCUUGUUCUUUGAGUAAGAAUAUGUUCCUUCCUUUUUGGGGUGAUCAAGGUUGUUAGAGCUAUGAUUGUGUUUGCAGUUGAGUUGGGGCAAACAUGUUAAACACUAAACCUCUCGUAAUCGUCCUUCAAGGCAUGGCACCACGAACUCUUCCUCUUCGUCCUACUUCCAGACGGACUCCACGCAAGUUCUUUUGUCUGUUACUGUUGAUAUUUGUGCCUGCAUGUAUAUUUGGACUCUAUACUGAUCACCGGAAAGUUACAUAUUUCUUCCGGCCACUUUGGGAUAAGCCUCCAGCUCCGUUCAUACAGCUGCCACACUACUAUGCAGAAAAUGUAAGUAUGGACCAUCUCUGCCGCCUUCAUGGCUGGUCCCUGCGUGCCACCCCACGCCGUAUUUUUGAUGCCAUCAUCUUCAGCAAUGAAUUAGACUUGCUUGAUAUCAGGUGGCAUGAACUUUAUCCAUAUGUCACAAAAUUUGUAAUCAUCGAGUCAAAUAGUACUUUCACUGGAAUCCCAAAACCUCUCUACUUUGCUUCAAAUCGGAACAGGUUUGCCUUUGCUGAGGAAAAAAUCAUCCAGUAUGCCUUUCCUGGAAGAACUCUACACCGAGGUUCACAUGCAAACCCCUUCAAACUUGAGAGAAAGCAACGUGUAGCUAUGAAUGCUUUACUUCAGUAUGCAGGGAUUUCCUAUGGCGAUGUCGUGAUAAUGUCAGAUACUGAUGAGAUCCCUAGCUCGCAGACUUUGAAACUAUUGCAAUGGUGUGAUGGGAUCCCUUCUAAAAUGCAUCUUGAGCUGAAGCACUACAUGUACUCAUUUGAGUUCCCGGUGGACUAUAGCAGCUGGCGGGCUACAGCUCAGAUCUACAGCCCAAAUACCAAAUACCAGCAUACCCGGCAAACUGAUGACAUGCUCUCUGAUGCGGGAUGGCAUUGUAGUUUUUGCUUUCGGCACAUUGAUGACUUUGUGUUCAAAAUGACUGCUUAUAGCCACGCAGACCGUGUGAGGCGGAGAGAUUUUCUGGAUUACAGAAGAAUACAGAGGCUCAUUUGUCAAGGAGACGAUCUUUUCGAUAUGUUGCCCGAAGAGUACACAUUCAAGGACUUGAUUAAGAAGAUGGGAUCGAUUCCCAAAUCAGCUUCUGCAGUUCAUCUUCCUGCUUAUUUGAUAAAGAAUGCAGACAAGUUUAGGUUCCUUCUCCCUGGAGGCUGUAUCAGAUAAAAGGACUGGUAGCCCUUCUAACUAUUCUAAUGAAAGUAGUUAUUCUGAUCUAGUUAUUUUUUUAGGAAAUUCAGAUAGUCUACAGUGCAAAGUUGGUGAGAUUACGACGUUUAUGACUUGUGAGAGAAUCAAAUUCACCUACGAACAAUCGAAUAUUUUCUUUUAUCUCA